AUGCCACCUAGAAUUUCUGAGGAACCAUUGUGCGCCGUGAGUGCGUCGAUCCUUGGGCGUAAGGUGUGUGCUCCUACCGAAAACGAUUGGUUGGCGGCGAAAAGGGUACUGCGUUAUCUCAAGUCGACGAAAGGGGCUAAGUUGUUGUACAAGAACGAUACUGAAAGACUGCUAGGAUUCUCCGAUGCCAAUUGGGCUGGCAACAGCAGCACUCGUCGGUCGACCACGGGAUAUGUCUUUCUCUAUGCAGGAGGAGCAAUUUCGUGGAGUAGCAGACACCAGCACUGCAUCACGCUCAGUUCAAGGGAAUCCGAGUACGUGGCGCUCAGAGAGGCCAGUCAAGGAGUUAUUUGGUUGAGAAAGCUGCUUAGUGACAUGGGUGAAACGCUGGACGGACCAACAUGCAUUAUGGAAGACAACCAAGGAUGGAUUAACCCUAUAGAGAACCUCUGGAAGAUCGUGAAAAGAUCGGUGUACACGGAGAGGUCGAAGAAUGAGCAGCAACUGUGGGAUAGGAUCCAAGCUUGUUGGUACGCCAUCCCGGUACCCACUUGCCAGAAGCUGGUGAAUUCAAUGCCGAACCGGGUGCGUGAUGUGAUGCGUAACAAAGGUUACAUGACCAAGUACUAA